AUGUCACCUGACCAUUAUCAGGUGAACUUUGCACGGGAUACGAAAAGAAACAUGCGUGAAUGGCUCCUUCCAUCCGUCGAAGCUAUUAGGUCUUCUACCGAUGAAUCCUAUAAGACUAUUGCCUGGCUGGUACCUUCCUCUCCUUGGAAGAAAUUAUGUUCUCGGGGAUAUUUUAUGACCAUGGUAAAGCACCUCAAUACCGAUUUGCAUGCAGAAACCAGUAUGCUCGAAAUUAUGGAAACUUUCCGUGGACAAGUGCGCCAGUAUAUCUAUGAUAAUUAUGAAGUCCUUCCUUUGCUUGCCAAGGACAAACUAUGGAUCACAAGGCAAAGAAAAUUGCAGUUUGUCUUCUUACAUCAUUUGAACUAA